AUGGCGGCCCUGAAAGCUCAGCUGAGACCCAAGUGGUCGUUCAAACCGAUCCUGAUCUCCGAUGAUGCCCGUAGUCUGAGCUCCUGCUCGCAUUACUCGACCUGUCUGGAAUACAUCUCGGAUUCGCCCACCCACGUACCUGCACUGGCUCAGGGUGUUCAGAAUCCCACACCGCCCUCUACUGCUGGCUUUGAAGCGCCUCGUCUGUUUAAAUCUUCUUCUCGAAGGCUGUCCGACGCAAGUGAUACCUCCUCGUUCUACGACGGUCACCACAAGACCGGUGCAUUCAGCUUUUGCGGAAAGAACAGGAAAUCCAAGAGUGAUCACGAAACGAAGCCUGCUGAACCUGCCGGUACCAUCAGCGAGACUUACGACGCCGAAGACGAGAUGGAUUUUGACAGCUUCAUGUAUCCGAGCGCUGCUCUGUUCGACUACCCUUUUACUGACGAGCUCCUCCUUCAGAUGAUGUUUGUCUCUGGUGAGACUGCUGAAGCCUCCGUAGAAACGACUACACUCAUCGAAGACAUCACGCGCGAGCAAGUCUUGGAAAUCCUCACCCGUGGAGCUCAAAUGGCUGCUCGCCGUGGCUCACGCUCGAUUUCUACCGAUGAUUUGAUCUUCUUGAUCCGUCACGAUAAGGCCAAGGUCUCCCGCCUCCGUACAUUCCUGUCUUGGAAGGACGUUCGUAAGAACGUCAAGGACUCUGACGACAAGGGUGGUGCCGAUGCAGCUGAUUUUGCCGCUGCCGACGACGCAGCCGGUGUCGUAGCGGGUCCUCAGGACGUUGCGUCCAAGCCCAAAAACAAGCGCGCCAAGGUCGGUCUUGCUUGGGAUGUCAACAGCUUCUUCUCGGUUCAGAUCCCAGAGCGCGAAGAUGAGGAAGAUGAAGAGGAGGAAGAGCAAAACUACGCCACCCUCCAGCGCCUGGCAGCCGCCGAUGAACGCACCAAGCACAUGACCAAGGAGGAGUACGUUGUCUGGUCAGAGUGUCGUCAAGCCUCCUUCACCUACCGCAAGAGCAAGCGUUUCCGUGAGUGGGCGGGCUUUGGCAUCGUCACCGAGUCCAAGCCCAACGACGACAUCGUGGAUAUCCUUGGUUUCCUGACCUUCGAGAUCGUCCAAACCCUGACCGAGGAAGCGCUGAAGGUCAAAGAGCGUGAGGAUCAUGAGAAGAACCGUGGAGGUGCAGAUGCCUCUGGUGCCGACAAUAAGAAACGCAAGCGCGAGACAGGUCUUUUUGAUCCUCCCGAGGAAGGCCGUACUCCCGUCGAGCCCCGACACAUCCGCGAGGCUUAUCGCAAGCUCCAGGCGACUCCUCAGAAGUCGAUUGCCAUGCUGCUGCACAACGGCCGCGUGCCUGCCAAGCUGCCUCUGAAGCUUAUCUGA